UGGGACAAUAAGGGGUGGGACAGAACUGUAUACUAUUUAAAAAUCUGCAAUCUUGGCUUCAAAUCAGGAACGCAGACAAGAACCAAAGUGUUCUUACUUAGUGAGUAAGGAGAGGACUCGGUGGGGAGCAGUCAGAAAGCGGAAGGAGUGUGGUUCCAAAAAGACGGCGGUGGUUUGUGCCCUCGGUUUAUCAGCGCAGAUGUGGCCGAGAUGAGAUAGUUACAGCUUGUCCCCCUGUCAGGACUCAACCAGCUGCCUUUUCAUUUUCACUUCUGCCACGCUGCCACCCCUUUUCCUUUUUUUCUUUUAAGAAGUGUGUGUAUUCACGGUUUUCAACUUUAAUUCGAGGGGGCCGUGAAGGGGUGAAGGGAAAAAAAAGGACGUACUUUUCUCAGAAACGUCGUUUAGUCGUCAUCGAAGCGGCGAAGGAUGAGAGUUGUGAGCCGGAGGGGAAACAUCUGCAUUAGGGCCGUGUAGACGACAAGAAAACGGAGGGGAAAUGAAGCUGUUGGCGUUUUAAAGCUUUCUUCUACCUAUCGUUGACAAAACUUGGACCAAUGAGAAGCGCUUGGAGCCGUCUUUGAUAUGGGAGACGUGAGGCGUUUACAUCUGUCAAGUUAAAAAACACAAAAACAACACGAGCAGAAAACAGAGAUGGGAAGCUCUGCUGUGCUCACAGGGUUGAUAGCUGGAGUUAUUUUGUGGACGUCUGCCAUCCAUGGAGACACCACAGAUGAUGGGAAUCUGCUGUGUUCUUGCAAAAAUGACAAAGGCACAUGUAAAAAUGAAACGUGCAUGGGAGAUUAUUGUUUUUAUACCUGGAGGGAAGACGGACAUGAGGAGUUGGGCUGUUUCAGUGAGAACACCAAAGUGCAGUGCUACUCCUCCUUCCCUGGCUACUUUACGCAGUGCUGCAGAAAGGACAAGUGCAACGCCGUCAUUACAGUGCCUCCAAGCAUAAAUGAGGAGUCGACACCAACACCCCCAGAACCUGGUCGCCUAGAGCUGUGGAUCCCCCUGUUCCUGCUGUUCUUAUUUGUUACUGCCUGUGUCUUUGGCCUGAUACUACUCCUGCGCUUCCGACGUGCAGCCCGCAGACUACAAGAUGUUGAAGGCCAUGAUGUCAAAAUACUCAAAGUCCCCAGGGGAGAUGACCCCACAUAUGGCAAUAUCUAUGAUGAGUUUUGUACAUCAGGGAGUGGGACAGGGCUUCCGUAUCUUGUCCAGAGAACUAUGGCCAGGCAAAUCUCACUUGUUGAGUGUGUCGGCAAAGGCAGGUACGGAGAGGUUUGGAGGGGAACGUGGAUGGGGGAAAGUGUCGCCGUCAAGAUUUUCUCCUCUAGAGAUGAGCACUCCUGGUUUAGAGAGACAGAAAUCUACAAUACUGUACAGCUGCGACACGACAACAUACUCGGUUUCAUAGCCUCCGACAUGACAUCCAAGAAUUCCAGUACCCAGCUGUGGCUCAUCACCCACUAUCAUGAGCUCGGGUCUCUCUACGAUUUCUUGCAGUACAGCAGCUUGGACCCAGAGAGCUGCUUGAGGAUGUGUCUGUCUGUGGCUUGUGGCCUGGUCCACCUGCACACUGAGAUUGUUAGCUCCCAGGAAAAACCAGCUAUUGCCCACCGAGACCUGAAAAGCCGAAAUAUUCUGGUAAAGCGCAACGGACAGUGCUGCAUCGCUGAUCUCGGUUUAGCAGUGAUACACUCUCAGUCCCAUGACUACCUCGAUGUGGGCAACAACCCUCGCGUGGGGACCAAGCGCUACAUGGCCCCUGAGGUGCUGGAUGAAACUAUCCGUGUGGAUGUUUUUGAGUCCUAUAAGCAAACUGACAUCUGGGCUCUCGGGCUGGUCUUCUGGGAAAUUUCCCGCAGGACUGUUGUCAAUGGCAUUGUGGAAGAUUACCGUCCACCCUUCUUUGACCUGGUGCCCUCAGAUCCCAGCUUUGAGGAGAUGAAAAAGGUGGUGUGUGUGGACCAGCAGAGGCCCAGUCUGCACAACAGGCUCCAUUCUCACCCAAUAUUGUCAGCCAUCGUGAAGAUCAUGAAGGAGUGCUGGUACCAGAACCCAACAGCCCGCCUCACAGCCUUGCGAAUAAGGAAGACUCUCUCCAAACUGGAUCACGACGACUUCAGCAUUGAAAAACUGAAGCAGGAUUUCUAGACUGAAACGAGGAAACCGGAUUGAAAACGCCAGAAGGGAUUUUGCACCACAUUCCAACAAAUGAAGUGCAUAUCAUUACCAUAUUUUUGAUCUAAUCACUCACUCGGUAUCUGUAUCAUAUUAAAACCAUAUGACCUUGUGUAGAAGCAUCUAGAGCCUCUUGUACAGAAUGUUAUAUUUUUUGCAUAUGCAAACAUUCAUCCACCAUGAUUCUUAAUACCUCUAUAAAUGAGGGGGCUACAUUUAUAUUUAUUUCCUUCAGUUAGCUAAGGUUUAGGCCAGGUAUUUUUAAUUAUCACAAAACAGUUAACAUAGUUUUGCACUCAUUGUCUAACUCUCUCAUUGUUGUGACAGAAUGGAAAAUCAUCCUCUUAGGUGUAAUGUGGAUUUUCCCAAAAAUGACCAAUGCGCCUUAAAACCACAGAUAAAAGACAGGAAAUAUGUAAGUACAUUACCUGUCCUGUAAGUAUGUUUAACUUAACUAAACUAAGCAUUUAUUAUCUGCACAUAAAAGCAGUGAGAUAUUUAGUUGUAAAUACAUUUUUAUGUAACAGAAUUGAAUUUGAUGUCUUCUUUUGCAACCAUAUUGUAAAUAUGUUUCAGGAGAGAUAUUGUUUUCUACUAUUCAGCAAUGAGACUACGUUAAUGUUGCUUUUAAAAAAACAAGAAAAACCUUUUUCCAUACAUUUUUGUAAGCCUAAAAUGUACCAUCACAACCACUAUGAUCAGUAAAGGAAUUCACAUACAUGUAAUAAUGGAUAUCCUAAAUAAAGAAUUAUAUUUUGGAAA